AUGCAGGACAUCCGAUUGUCAGCCAUCUUGAUGGCUUGCUUCACUCUUUUCCCCUCUUAUGCUACGGCCUUUUGGCGUCUUCCUUGCCGUGGACGAACUGGUGUCGCGCGGCUGGACCCUAUUGUCGACCCUGGGAAGGUUUCUUCCCAUGUGCACUCGGUUCACGGUGGUGGCAGCUUUGGAAUGAGCUCUACCGAGGACUCUCUCUUGGAAUCUAGCUGCACGUCUUGCGCUGUGACGCAGGAUAAGUCGGCAUACUGGACCCCGGCGCUAUACUUCAUGCACACCAAUGGCAGUGCCGAGCUGGUUGAGGAGGUUGGAGGCAUGCUUGCCUACUACCUUCUGUACGGAGAGAACGUCACGGCGUUCCCAACUGAUUUCCGCAUGUUGGCAGGUGAUCCCUUCCAGCGUAACUUCACUUGGCCAGUUCCCGAUCCUCCCAAGUCUUCUUGGUCUGGCGCUCAGUCCUCGCAAGCUGCAUUGCGCCAGAAGGCUCUUGGAUUCAACUGCUUGAACUACCAAACCACCGCUGAAGCAUCCCUCUACCGUCACUUCAUGCCGAACAAGACCUACCUCGACGAGCACUGCACCGACGGUGUUCGCUUUGAGUUGAUGUUCCCAUCCUGCUGGAACGGUAAGGAUGUUGACUCGGAGGACCACAAGUCUCACGUCGCGUAUCCAUCUUUGGUUAUGGACGGUACCUGCCCCGAGGGAUACGAAACCCGACUUGUAUCACUCUUCUACGAGACAAUUUGGAACACAUAUGCCUUCAAGGACGUCGACGGGUACUUUGCCCUGGCCAACGGUGACCCCACUGGAUACGGAUACCACGGUGAUUUCAUCCAGGCCUGGGACGACGGCGUGCUGCAGGAGGCUGUUGAUACUUGCACAAGCGAGUCCGGCCUGGUUGACGACUGUGAGAUUUUUGACAUUCAGACAGAGACUAAGCAGCGCCAGUGCGAAUUUGAAAUUCCCUCUGCGCUGAAGAAUGAGGACGUUUACAUGUACGCCGAUGGAUUGCCAGGUUCUAUGGGUAUUUCAUGGGGACCAGGGUACGCUUCCAUGGAUAUGGACACUUCGACUACCACGACUGCUGCGGCCAUUCUGCCAUCUCUGUCGGUGCCUUCUAUCCCCUCGAUUUCUCUGGGUCUCUCGAUUGAUUCUGGUGCUUUGCUCGGCAAUCUCAAUGUUGCCAAUACCGCCGAAGCCCCAGCAAUUACUUCGACUUCUACUUCCACGUCGACCCCCACGCCCACUCCAACUCCCACUACGUCUAUCGUUCUCGACCCUAUCACCGAAGAGAUUAUUUAUCUCCAACGUGAUAUCAUUGUCUUGAUCGACGAGAAUGGCGCGCCAUAUGCGACAACCACAGGCAGCACCCGCACCUUGUCCACUGCGAUCACGACCGUCACUGAGACCUCCACAGCUGUCUCUUAUGUGAAGCGAGAUACUGUAGUAGUGGACUCUGUUGUAGAGCAGGAACAGCCUGCAACCCACGCACGCAGACAUCUCCACCGUCAUGGUCAUCUGCACAACAAGUUCUAA